AUGUCUGAUGGCAAUGAUGCUGGCAGUGGGACAAGGGAUGUGCUCGAGGACAAUAACGACACAGGUGGAUUCUCUGAACAUGAACUCCUUGACAUCAUGUAUAAUGCAUGUAACACCUCCAACACAGGCGAGGUGUUGGCCUCCACCAUUCUGCAGUACCUGCAGACCAUGACCACUCAAAGUCCGGAGCAGGACAGACUGGCGGCCCUGCGACUGCUGCUCGACCCAGACUGUCAGGACCCUCAUGUGAGCAGAGAGACUUUCCACUCCAUCAUGAGGGAGUGGAUCGCACAGUGCAGCCAGGACAGUUCUGAUUUGGACAGCACUCAGGUAUCUUGGCCGGACUCCUCUAAAGGGCCCGUAAAUGGACUGGAUUUCUCUGGUGCUUCUCCAGAAAGCCACCAGUGUCCAUGUGAUGGAACAGACCUGUUGGGCACAGUGACUGAACUGAAGCACGCUCACAGAAAGCUGAGUGAACAGAACAGCAGCCUGCUGAGGACUGUGGCUCAGUGUGAAGACGUCAACCUGCAGCUCUCUCUGGAGGUCACUGAGCUGAGAUCAAAGCUGACCAGUGCUCAACGGUCAGCAGUGAGGGCCAGAUCCCAGACAGAAGAACUGGAGGAAACCCGCCGUGCGUUUAAAGAGGCUCAGGAGAGAGCCAGCCGCACACAGAGCAGCUGCACCAAACUGAGCAAUGAGAUUGAAUGCCUGAAGGUUCACAUUAGGAGGCUUGAAGACAAGAGUGAGAAACUGACCUUUGAAAGAACAUGUUCUGAAGAUAGUCUCAACAAACUCAGGAAGGCCAACACUGAGCUGAGGGCCGAGCUUGAGGAAACCCUGGUUAUGUUGACGCUGAGAGACAGAGAAAUUGCAAAGAAAGACCUUCUCAUGGAUAAGAUGAAGAACUGUCAUGUGGAGAAUCACAACAUGAUUGAGGUCCUGCAGUCAGAGAUGGUUAAGUUACAGAACCAUUCACACCAAGUUCUUCUGAGGUAUGAGAGACACUGUAUCAGUUCUCAGACUCUCUACAGCCGAGAUCCUCCAAACCACCGCUCUCUUCAGAGCGAGAUGCACGAUAUGCAGCAGCAGCAGCAUCACAGAGCUCUGGACAACAUAAGCCUCCAGUCUCUGCAAACACACAGCGAUGAUAUUCAGAGCAUCAUCCACAAGAUCAAGUCUGCUGAAAUUACUCAUCUUCUGCACAAUAAGACUCUGCCCCUGUAG